CGCAGUGAACGCUCGAGUCGAGCAGUCGUAUCAAUUCCGCGUUCUGUGUGUUGCCUUUUGCAAUUGGCGAGCAAAAAAAGAAAGGGAAAAGAAAAACAACCAAUAACAAAGGAGCCGGCAACAAUGGCCAGUACGAAGCAAUAAGCACAAAGGAAAGGACAAAAGUCCACUUGAACAGUGUCAGUGCCAAAAAAGACACAACAAUUGUGCUAGUGUUUAAUGCACAAUUAAAAAACAAAUAAAUACUAAUAAUAAAGCGUGUGUUAUCAAGAUUCAUGCGUAAAACACAAAAAAGAAUAAAACAAAAUUAAAAUAAACCAAAACGCGCAGAAUCCAAAUCAUACGAUACUUUAUAAUAUUCACAACGUUGUCUCGCGAAUUACGGGUCGCGACAUCGACAAUGUCUGGUUAUAUAGAGUAGAACGCAAUAUAGGGAGAGGCGAGACGAGACGAGUCGAGCGCAUCUGUACAUACACAUAGCAGCAGCAGCAAGCAGACGUAAACAGUCAUAGCCAGAGCGAGAGCAGGAGGCGCUCUCUCCAUGCGCGUCGUAUUUUUCCGCAAAGAUUGCGGCCACGAGAGGCAAAGUACAUACAUAUCUGCCAGCAGCAUCAACAUUAUACUAGAGCCGCAUUAUUGGGUGCCAUCUGAUUAGCGGGCCACCAUUGCAAAGACCCCGCACUUUGGAAGCCAGAGUUCGAGAUUUUUUUUUUGUUUUGGAUACACCUUCGCCAGUCCAGCCAUGUUGACGAGCGUUUUGAACUUUGCCCAAUGCGUGGCGGAAAUUUCCUUGCUUGGCGGCAUCGAAAUCGCAUCGGUUGCACUUAUUGUCUACUACGUUUUUGCUAAAACUAGAGCUCCCGCAAUUAUCGCCCGUUUAUUUCCCAAUCUAAAUCUAAGCUAUCGUUCAUCGUUGGGAAAGUUCAACACCAUUGGCAACGACAUACUGUUCACGCUUCGUGCAUCAAAUGAGCCGAAAGCCCAAAACUUUGUGGACCAUGGCGUUGGCACCCAGAACAUGUUACAGCUAACGCCACAUGCGGGCUUAAAGCCAUUCAAAAGCGUUUUUGACUGGGGCAGUAUAUUCCCCUAUGUGGCUCAGGUUGUGCGCAGCGAGAAGUUUGAUUACCGCCAGGUCACUGAAAUUGUGCAAAAAGAUGUCGUUUUAAAACAUGCCAUUAAACAGGCCGCCGAGCAAACUCUACGUGAGCAACGCUACGCCAAAAAUGGACAUCGACUGCUCGCGCGUAGCAUUAGCGGUGAUCAGGAUGAGGAGGAGGACGCCAAGGUGGGCAUAUCAUAUCAGAAGAUACUGUCUAAGCAAGAACAACGCGCCUUCACAAUACUCAAGGAAAUGGGCUCCACUUUAAACAAUACGUUGCUAGCGAUUACCUCCUGGCUGCUCUAUAAACUCUUGCCAUGCUUUCUGUCCGGCGUUGUGACAAAUACGAAACAAAUUGAAAUGCUGCAGAAUGCUUCAAAGCGCUCACCGGACACACCGCUGAUAUUCGUGCCGCUGCAUCGCAGCCAUUUGGACUAUAUUAUGGUCACUUUCAUUCUGACCAAUAAUGAUAUACGCAGUCCACUUGUGGCUGCUGGCAAUAAUCUGCAGAUACCAGUGUUUGGCUCACUUCUUCGCGGCCUGGGCGCCUUCUUCAUCAAGCGGAAAAUCGAUCCCGUUGAGGGAAAGAAGGAUGUGCUCUAUCGCGCAGCGCUUCAUUUGUAUUUAACGCACGCUCUCAAACAGGGUCACAAUGUUGAAUUUUUCAUCGAGGGCGGACGUACGCGCACGGGAAAGCCUUGCAUGCCCAAGGGCGGCAUACUAUCUGUGAUUGUGAAUGCCUUCAUGGAUGGCAGCAUACCGGACGCCCUGCUGGUGCCCGUUUCCGUAAACUAUGAGCGUCUGGUCGAUGGUAAUUUCGUGUGUGAACAAAAGGGGGAAAAGAAGGUACCUGAAUCGUUCAGGAAGGCCAUUUCAGGCAUUUGGAAAGCACUCAACUCAAACUAUGGACUGAUGCGCAUAGAUUUUAAUGAACCCUAUUCAAUACGCGAGCUCGUCAACUCGUACAAUAAAAUUGCACGCGAAGAUGGCAGCUCAAAGGUGUACAAGCCAGCAGCCAGGACGCUGCAGCACAAUCAAUCAACGUCAUCCUUAUACGGAACUGAUGUGGUUUGCGAGGAGCAGCGCAAUCUUAUAGAGAGCAUCUCGAGACAGGUAGUUUUUGACUGUGCGGCAGCCACGUCGGUUAUGUCGACCAAUGCUUUGGCCUUUUUGCUGCUCACACGCUACCGCAAAGGCGCCGAAGAGCAGCUCAUUGCCGCUGCGCUGGAUGAUCUGCGGAAUUCGCUGUCUGGUUGCAAAGAUUUGGGUUUUUCGGGCGAAUCGGCGCACAUUGUGGCCUAUGCUUGCGAUCUGCUGGGGACAGAGCUGGUAACACGCACACGCGACGAGAAUGGCCACAUGUUUAUUCGCGCGGUGCCCUCGGUGGAGAGCUUCAUUGAGUUGGCUUACUAUUCAAACAUGUUAACUCCCCACUUUGCACUCAGCUCCAUAUUGUUGACCACAUUUCAUGCGCUCCUGCCAGAACCCAAUUUGUCCGACAAAGAUGCUAAUCAAACAGUUGGUGUUUCGCAGAAAAAACUAAUUGAGACAGCGCUGGAAAACUGUCUGGUCUAUCGCUACGAAUUUAUACUAAACAAGCCCACGCAAGUAUUGGAGGCUAUGCUCUUUAAACAGCUGGAAGAGCUGCUCAUCAAUGGUUGCCUGCGCAGAAAUGAGGUGCAAGAAUCAGAACAUAUUGCGGAGACACGUCGCUUGGCACGUAGAUUGGCCUAUGAUUUGAAUGAAAAUGAUGAUAAUGAUGAGGACUAUCUGCAUGAGUCGCAUGAGGAUGCUGAGUUGUUGCUGCUGGCCAGAGAUACACUCGAGCAGCAGCGGCACAUUUGCGAAGUGCUAGCACCGUUUGCAUCAACAUAUCUGACUGUAGCCCAAUCGCUGCAAAUUUUACAUCGGAGCGCAAUGCUGGAGUCUGAGUUUAUCAGUUUCGUUAUCAACGAUCUUACCAACAAAGUAAAGCGUGGCAGCUGUGCAUACGCUGAAAGCAUCUCAACGGACUCUGUGCGCAAUUGCUUGAAAUUGUUUGAGAAAUGGUCUGUGAUUGAGGUAUGCAACCAGCGUGGCAUGCGUCUGAUCUCGCUUAACACACUUUACGAAAUGUCAUGUGAAUCGCUCAACACCAUUGUUAAGAAGAUUGAAGCCGUUGUGCCAAAGUUCAAUGCGGGUCACUUUAGCCAGAAACAAUUGAACGACCCGCCGUCUGCUUAAGCAAUAUGCUUUUGUUUUCAUAUAUAAUUUUUUCUUUACGUUUGGCACUAGUUUCUCUAUUGCUCUCGUUACAAAGUAGUUAAAUCUACUUAAGAUUAAAGUGCAUACUCUUAGAUCUAACAGUAAGACGUAAUAUAUAUCUUUAGUUCUUUAGUCGUACGAAUACGAGUUAUGCCAAUGCCAAAGAGCUUCCUACAUUUUUACCGUAGGUUAGCUAAGCGACUAAACCAAAACUGGAACAAAAUAUGUAUAAUUGAAUGCAUAUAUAUGUGCAUACAUAUGUAAAUAAGCAUAUUUUUUAUGGGCAGAUGUUGAAGCAACUAUAUCUAAACUUAUAAAUAUAAUUUCAACCAAAUAAUGAACUGAUUUGAUAAUGAAAUAAAAUUUUUGUAAAACAACG